AUGUCUUACCCACAGCGGCCGGACGACGACGGACUCGCAUACAGUGACGAUUAUUCGCAGUCCCGUGGCAGCGGUGGACAAGACGGCACUGAUCGAUCGCUGCUGGGAGACACGUUCAAGAAGUUCAAAUCCGAGUUCGACAAGUACAAGACCGGUCCCUCCUCCUCGUCCCAAAACUAUGGCUAUUCCGGCUCCGGCUCCGGCUCCAACCAGCAGUAUUACGGACAACAAGGUCCCAGUACUGGAUAUCCCCAGACAGGUCAAUCUGCCUAUCCGGGAGGCCCGCCGACUCAGCAAGCGCAAGGCCGGCCGGAUUUGGCAUCCAAACUCUUUGAUGGACUGCAUAACACUCUGCAGAAUAUUGGCUCAGACGUCACAAACUUGCUAGGUCCAGGCAAUCGACCCCCGGCCCAAUCUGGGCCUCCGGCUCCAGGCCAGACUAGUUAUGCAGGCUACGCCAGUGUGCCGGGAUCGCAAGGAAUCCCACCAGGCCCAAAUCGCUAUGACAGCUUCGCUUCGGAGAAGCAAGGUAACGAUGUCAAGUGGUAUGUUGAUGGAUGUGGAUACUUCUGGGCAGUCAGUCAAGCACUCGAAGGAGCGAAGCACUCGAUCUGGAUAUUGGAUUGGUGGCUGUCACCUGAGCUGUAUCUUCGCCGGCCACCCUCUCAAAAUGAACAAUGGAGACUCGAUCGAACUCUGCAACGCGCGGCACAACGCGGUGUCAAAGUUAAAGUCAUUGUGUACAAAGAGGUCACCCAGGCUUUGACUCUGUCUUCGGCGCACACUAAACAUGAACUCGAGAAGUUACAUCCCAAUAUUGCGGUCUUUCGUCACCCGGACCAUCUACCAGAUGCUCAAACGACCCAAUCGUCCUUGAUAUCUUCGCUUCAAGCGCUAAAACUUGAUGCUGCGGGACUCACUAAGCUUGGUGCAGAUGCCAUUAAGGGAGUAUACGGCAUGACCGACGAUGUCAUUCUCUAUUGGGCACAUCAUGAAAAGCUAUGCUUAAUUGAUGACAAGAUCGCGUUCAUGGGUGGCUUAGAUCUUUGUUUUGGUAGAUGGGACACAAAUCAGCAUUCAAUCGCUGAUGCACACCCAUCAAACGCGAACGACAUCGUCUUUCCUGGCCAGGAUUAUAAUAACGCUAGAGUCAUGGAUUUCAGCGAUAUUGCACAACCUUUCCAGAACAAGCUCGACAGAACCAAGAACUCGAGGAUGGGAUGGUCCGAUGUUGCUAUUUGUUUGCAAGGAGCUUGUGUCCAGGACCUUCGUCACCACUUCAUCGAUAGGUGGAACCUCAUCUUCGACGAGAAAUACAAUGUCCGCAAAGACCAACGGUACUAUAGACUCCUCGAUGAUUUCCCUCACCCGGCGACUGGUCCAGGUCAGCGACCUCAAUCACGGCCACAGUCGCAAGGGCACCUCCAACCUCCUGCUCCAGCUGGCGGAUACGCACCACCCCCGGGCAGUCAACCCUACACAGAACCGGCGUGGCAUACAACCAGCAGGCCGCAGACCCCGACGACGGGUCAAUACCAGGCUCAGGCAGGACCCAAUACUGGUGCAUAUGGCAGUGCAGCAACUCCCUCCAUUCAGGGCACUCAGAUUCAGUCACAACAUUCUGAAGUACCAUAUGGUCAAACCAUGGCGCCCGCGAGUCAAGGAGCUCAGACUCAACUACCAAUCCAGCCUCCCCCUCAGACUUCUGUCGGUACGUAUGGCCAAGUCCCUCCCCCUCCACCGCAAGCGAGCCCUCACCCCGCUGCUGGACCUUAUGGUCAAGUCUGUAGUCCUCCGCAGCAGGUAGCUCCUGUCCAACAACCUCCAGCCCAGUCCUUUCAGCAGAGUUUCCCUCCACCACCUCCUGGGCCUCCGCCUCAAACAUCAACGGCCCCAACACAGACUUAUCCGGGAUAUCCACCCCCACCCAGUGCAAAUCCCCCUUAUGCUUCAUACCAUCAAGGACCGACAGAACUUUCGUCUCAACAGUCACCUAGCCAAUCAUACCAACCUCAGCCCUAUCAACCUUAUCAACACACCGGCCCAGAGCAAGCUCGGGGUUUCGACGAAUAUAACCAAGAGUCUAGCAGGGGCUUUGAUGAUUAUGGACAGGGCAACGAGUCUGGAAGAGGCUUCGGGGGCGAGCGAGGCUUUCGAGGAAGAAUUGACCAGUACAAAACCGAAGGCAAAUUGCUGGGUCAACAACUCUCAUCCAUUGGCAAUGUUGUCUCAGGUGGGCUUGGGGACAAAGCUCACCAGCUUCAAGGCAAAUACCUUGGUGGUACGGAUUCGUACGGGCGCCCGUAUAAUCAACCGCGACCCGUAAUGACCUGUCAGGUACUUCGGAGCUGUACGACGUGGAGCAAUGGAACCCCCCUUGAGCAUUCUAUCCAGAAUGCAUAUAUCGACGUAAUUCGGAACAGUCAGCAUUUCGUCUACAUCGAGAAUCAGUUUUUCAUCACUGCCACGGGCGAUCAACAAAAACCGGUCAAAAACUUGAUAGGUCAAGCUAUAGUUGAACGAAUACUUCGAGCAGCCCGGAACAACGAGAAAUACAAAGUGAUUGUUGUCAUCCCAGCAGUGCCAGCAUUUGCUGGUGACCUUCGAGAUGAUUCUUCGCUAGCCACCCGGGCCAUAAUGGAGUUUCAAUAUAACAGCAUCAACCGUGGUGGCCACAGCAUCAUGGAAAAGAUAGCGCAGGCUGGCUUCAAUCCCAUGGAUUAUAUUCGAUUCUACAAUCUACGGAAUUACGAUCGAAUCAAUUGUAGCAAUACAAUGCAGCAAGUCGAACAACAAAGCGGGGUGAGAUAUGAAGAUGCCCGGAAACAGCACGAUGAUGCUGUGGGAGCCGGGUAUGGGCAGUAUGGCGAGAAGACAGGAACCACUCAAUUGUCUCAAGCUCCUCAAUACCAGCAAUAUCAAAGCGCCGCACAGCAAAUUGCAACCCCUGGAAGUGGUCGGUGGGACAGUGUAGCAGAGUGUUACAUGCUUGGCGGUCAGGACAUCCGUACUGUCCCCUGGGACGGUCCUCCUGAAUCUGAGCUCGAUGCGUUCGUUAGCGAAGAACUGUACAUUCAUUCCAAGUGUCUCAUCGCAGACGAUCGAAUUGUCAUUCUAGGGUCUGCCAACCUAAACGACCGAAGCCAACUCGGAUCACACGACAGUGAAAUCGCUCUGCUGAUCAACGAUUCUACGCCGGUUCAGACGUACAUGAGUGGCCAACCGUACCAGGCAAGCGGUUUUGCAGCCUCCUUGCGGAGACAGCUCGCCCGAAAACAUCUCGGUUUGAUCCGAUCUCAGCAUUUCUUUAGGCCCGACCCCAAUUUUGAACCAGUCGGAGUGCCAAAUGCGUAUGACUGGGGCUCACCUGAAGAUAAUGUCGUGGCAGAUCCUCUCAGCGACACUUUCCAGGCACUGUGGAACAGUCGAGCAAGGACGAAUACCGAAGUCUUCCGAAAGGCGUUCAGGGCGAUCCCGGACGACUAUGUGAAUACGUGGGCUGAUUACAAGGAGUUUUAUGAGUACUUCUACAACCAUGCAGAUGCACAGGCUCAAGGCAAGCCCAGCAAACUGCCACCUCGCGUCGAGUACGGGCAUGUUGUUAGAGCAGACUUCCCUGGGGGAGUGAGCGAGCUGAAAGAACUCCUGAGUCAAGUCAAGGGCACUCUGGUGGAGAUGCCGUUGUGUUUUCUUCAGAAUGAAGACAUUGCUAAAGAAGGGCUGACCUUGAAUCCGCUGACUGAAGAGGUCUACACCUGA